GAUGUGUCUGUCUCUCGCCACUAGAGCUGCUGAGGUCUGCUGUGUGAGUAGGGUGCGCGGGCGCCAUUUUGUCGGAGCCUGCAGCAGUGUUGUCGUGACGGUCUGCGGCAAGAUGGCCGCCAGCCGCGGUGACAGCCAGGAACAGCUGAGAGUGAGCGCGGCCGGCAACUGUCUCACCCCAGCGGGCUGCGGGGAGGGAGCGGGAGCUGCUGGCAUGGCAGGACUGGGGUCUCCAGACACGGUAACGCUGUUCCACCAGGAGCCCAGCGGGGUGACCUACCGUAUACCGGCUCUCCUCUACAUAGAGCAGCCCGCCAUCUUCUUGGCUUUCGCAGAGAAACGGUUGACUCCCGAUGACCAGGACGCUCAGUACUUGGUGAUGAGAAGAGGGCUUCAGAAGCGUGGAACUGUACAGUGGGAAAACAUUACUGCCGUGAGGCAUGCCAAGUUACCGGGCCAUCGCACCAUGAACCCCUGCCCGUUGUACGAUGCCAGCACCGAUACCGUUUUCCUUUUCUUCAUCUGUGUCCGGACAAACGUCUCUGAAAGGUUCCAGAUCCUUACCGGCAGAAACGCCUCCCGGCUUUGCUUCGUCACCAGCAGAGACCACGGCAGGUCCUGGAGUCCCCCAACCGAUGUGACGAAGGAAGUUUUAGGGGACGACCUGAAGAAUUGCGCCACUCUGGCUGUGGGUCCGGGGCAUGGCAUCCAGUCUCCAUCUGGCAAGCUAAUCGUGCCUGCUUAUCUCUUUUAUAUCCACUCCCGUGUCUGCGGGCUGCCCGUUCCGUGGAAAAUUCAGUCUCAUUCUUUCCUCUUCUGCAGCGAUGACCACGGGAAGAGCUGGCACAAAGGCAGCGUGCUGUGGAAACAGCCGACCGGCGAGUGCGAGGUGGCGGAAGUAGCCUCUGGCAACGGUCCUGGGCUGUUGUACUGCAGCGCUCGCACCAGCAGACAUUACCGUGUGGAAGCCACGAGUAGCCUCCAGUUCCUGGAAUUUGGUGAUUCCCGCUAUUGCAGGAGCCUGUGUGAACCACCCCAUGGCUGUCAGGGCAGCGUGGUGAGCUACCAGCCCAUAGACGCCGGGACAGGAACAGACGCAAAUGACGGGUCCGAGGAAUCCUGCCUCCAUACAAACGUUCUGUCCUGGCUCCUGUACUCUCACCCAACAAGCAACAGGAAAAGGGUUGACUUGGGUAUCUACCUAAAUAAAAGUCCUCUGGAUCAGUCUAGCUGGUCCCCACCGUGGGUCAUUAACAGAGGCCCCAGCGGGUAUUCUGACCUGGCGGUAUGCCAGGGCGCCCAUGCCUUUGGCUGCCUGUUUGAGUGUGGUGCGUGCGCUUGCGAGAAGAUCGUGUUCCGGAUAUUCACUGUAGAAGAGCUAGCGGAACAUCUGCCAGAGCCUUAGUCUUCUUCAAUCAUCCGCGUCAUAAAAUGUCUGCCUGCAGGUGUCCACAGCGUUGGUGGAUCCGUUAUCAUGGAGGUGACGUCGUAAGGUAUGGCAGCGAUGCUUUAUAGCCAGAUGACAAGCUUAUUCAUGCAGCAUAAUUAGCCAUUGUUCUCAUGCACUAACUACUAGAGGCAUCUAGAACUCAGAUGACUGAUAUUCCUGUAUUAGAAGACACCAAGGUCCAUAUUUGGUUGGAAAGCCAGUCUUCCGUUCAUCACCGGGCCAUAUGCGGAUUACAUUGGACGGGUCUCAGAAGGUUCUAGCCAAGCAAAGCCCUUACGCAACUUCUGAGAACAUGGGCGAGAAUAAUGGUCCUUAAUUGUAAACGUCUUCAAGACCAGGCCAUAAUGAACUGUUCUCAGAAAAGACAGGAACAGAACUGGGGAUCUAUGGGGUAAAUUUACUAAGAUGGGAGUUCUAUUUAAUAUGGGAUGUUACCCAUAGCAACCAGUUUCCAGGUAUUAUCUUCUAGAAGGUGCUAGAUAAAUGAGAAGUAAAAUCUCAUUGGUUGCUAUGGACAACAUCCCAUCUUAAAUAGAACUCCCAUCUUAGUAAAUUUCCCCCUGUGCCUUAAGAGACUUUAAUGAAUGUUUAACUAAGUGUGAAUUGUACAGUGCAAUGGAAUAAGCUGGUGCUAUAUAAAGAACGUUUAAAAAUAAACAGAAGGAUAGGUACGUGUGAAGGGAACGGCGGCUCCAGGUAAUGAGGCUGAUGAGGUCAUAUCACGGCGUUUCUCUUAUCACAGAGAAAUCAUUAUACAGUAUUGUGGAGAAAACUGUUGCAGCCUCAUAGAUCGGUACUGUGCGUUUCAUACAUCUCUAUUGCGUUCCGUAUGAAACUCACAUUCAGAGUGUAAAAAAUGCUAAAUACUGUUUGUUUGUUUUUUUAAAUUACUUUUUAAUGAUUACUAAAAAAAAAUUUUUUGACAUUUUUAUUUUUAUAGAUUUCUACAUCUAUGACAGGUUGUAUUUAAGGCUAAAAAUUAGAUGUCGCCCAAAACCAAAAAAUGAUCUCUGUAUGUAAACAUUGCAACCCCUGCAACUUCCAUGGCGACUGGGUAUUGACGCCGGAAAUUAUUCCAUUGGAUCUGUUUCAUUUAAACCUGAUCGGUAUCCAUGACCCAUUAAUCUGAAUGAGACAUUUCCUCUCACAAUACUGCUAGCUUAAUCAUCCAUAUCGUAAAUAAAUAAUAUGCAAUGAAA